AUGGAUAAAUUCAUUCAAAAACUUCCUAAAAAGGUUUUUGUAAAAGAAUCCUCUGCUUCUGCAUCUGUUGAUGAGAAAUGUGAUAUUAUAAUUUCCGCAAAUAUAACGUCUGCUGAAAAAAGAUUAGGUGAUGAAAUUAUAAACGACGUUCCAAAAAAAUCAGCUGAGCAAACCGUUGGAAGACAAUUUCAGAAUUCAUGGCUAAAGCUAUACGGCUGGUUGGAGUCGAUGACUGACAAUAACAAUAGCAACGCGACAAGAGCAUUUUGCAAAAUAUGCAAAGAAUGUGAAAAGCUGAAUUUGUUUAAAUUUAGUACAAAGCGUGACAUGUGUUUUAUAGAUGAAGAAGAUAGUCCUGAAUUACAGCAAUGGCUUGAACAAACAUCCUAUCAAUGGACUUCAAAAGAUAUUCAAAAUGAAUUGUUGGAAAUUAUGUCACACAGCGUUCUCAGAUCUGUUAUAAGUGAUAUUCAUUUGAGAAAGUAUUACGCCAUACUUUUAGACGAAACUUGUGACAUUGCAAUUAAAGAACAAGACAUAUGCGUCAUGUGUGGUGAGGCUGGCCGAGACAACGAAAUGUGGUUUCGUUGCAGAAAUUGUGCCAAGUGGGCUCACGAGCUCUGCACGAGUGUUUCUAGUGCAGUUGAUUACAUUUGCGAAUUUUGCAUACAUGAAUAA